CACUGGUUUCGUAGCAUUGCCUCUGAUUGUCGUCUGUAUCAUGAUGAAGCAAAGGCGGUGGCUUCAAUGAGCCAUACGACGCGACUCAACUACGGCUGACGAUUCGGGCUAAGGCGAUAAACGUCAUUCGUGGAUACUCGACUGCUGCCGGCUCGUCUCAGCGUACACUUCGAUGACUGCGGCACAGGCGACGCUGUUUCAACAGUCACUGCGAAAAGAUGUAAUUUAGUCGAAUUAUCUAUGACGGCAGGCGUCAAGACGAAUUUUGGCGUGCUCCUUCGUUUUUCAGUGACUGGGAACUCUAACCUGCAGAGGUAUUAUCUGACAGAGAAAUCAUUCUUGCCGUAUACGAGUGCAGGUGGUGCGUGAUUGAUUACAAGUAAAUUGCUACUGGACAUUUACAUCUUUCUGCAGUGAAUUCGUCCCGUCAACUUCUGGUGACUGUGCUCUUGAUCGUUUGUGGUCAAGUCGACUGUCAUUGACGAAGAGUGAACAGAAGAAAGUGCCACAACGACGAGGAACACUUCACAGACGAUGAAUAUAAAACCUACAAAAGCUCACAUUGGGGGUCUGGUUACCGUCGCGUUGAUGACAACAGGUUUUUAUCCGCUGAGCGCUACGGGAAGCCCGCAUGAGCGGCAGCUUGCUGUCGACCUCUUACAGUACUACAAUAUCGUCGAGAGGCCAACGAGAAACCUCAGCCAGCCUGUAAUCGUCAGAGUAAACGUCAACAUACAAAAAAUAAUGAAAUUGGACCCAAACGCGGGUGAACUCACAACUCGGAUUUGGCUUUCGCUUCACUGGGAAGAUGCAAAUCUCGUCUGGGACCCCCUUCGAUACAAUAACGUGUCUGCGAUUCGCUUGCAGUCAUCAAGGAUUUGGCAGCCCGAUGUCCGCUUUUAUAAUGGCAGAAUCUCCGAGCAGAUCGAGCCGACGCAGGCAAUAGUGUUCAGCAGCGGAAAAGUUAAGUUAAUUAGCCCGAUCACAGUGAAGACCCGAUGCGGUGGCCCAAUUGAAGGCCUUGGCCGAUGGUUCCCGUUCGAUCAGUAUAGCUGUUCACUGAUUAUCGGGACAUGGACAUCUUACAGCGGCAGUGUCGAUCUUCACUGGCAGGAAGAAAACGGAGGGACGGUUCGGUUUAAUGAUCAAGUUGCGGACGACACGGGCGAAUGGCAGCUGCUCGGUAAUCAUAAAGGUCGCGCAGAGGUGCAAUUUGCCUGCUGUUCUGAAACACAUACGUCCAUGACUGUACAGUUAAGACUACAACGUCGAGCAUUUUCCUACGUGUUCUCGCAUUAUCUUCCGCUGCUGUGGAUGCUCGCCUUAGCAUCCAGCACCCUUUUAAUACCCAAUGACAGAACCGAUCUUCGACUGAUUGCAGGUACACUCUUGAUGAUGGGUGUGUUUUGGUGGCCUUCCGGUCAGCAUCUUCCGUUCAACGUAAUUUCCAUCGGACACCUCUUUACCGGACUCAUCAUCCUCGGGGUUUCCUCAUGCUUUGUCUCGCAUUGUGUCCAACUGGUGUUAAUCUCCUCAAGUAUCGACACUACUCGAAGGCAGACCCCAUUGGCGGAGUACCUUAAUCGGUUACUGACUACCUCUACGGCCCUCAAACUAGCACUCAUAUCGGACAAUCGGCCCGAGCAUGACAAGGAUGGCCUACCUGACUGUUCGCGAGUCUUGGAUCGCCUUAGCCUUCUUUUAUUGGCAGUUAUUGCGUGUCUGGCGCUUGUCAUCUGCCUGAUUCUACCAUGCAUGGUCGCAUAACGGAGUGCCGUAAAAAGUAGCGUGUAGCAAUUGCGCAACUCGCUCGCCUUGUCAAUGUGUCGCGUUCUGCCCUGUAUCUGCAAUAAAUCGGCAAUUGGUCAGCGUCACAAAAAUUUGACGCUUGCGACACCGUUUUUAAAGCAAGUCACCGACCACAUCAUAGCCUUGCCCCCAACCAUCGUUUGUUUUGUCUUUCUGCGAGGUAAUGCCAUCGCAGAUAGACGUUAUCAGUGCGCAUACGAAACGAAAAAUUUGCGGUAAUGAUCGUCAGGGAAAUCUACUCCGCUACCGAACCAGCAAAGCCAGAAUUAUGCCGCAGACGUAACCACGCCCUUGAUUAAAAAUAUGCGUCACCAUUGGCGGCGAUGGCAGGCCGCUUAUAAUAACAGAACCAGAUAAGCGUUCAAUUCCAACACAGUCGCUUUCAAAAACCAUGGUUUUCCCUUAAAUCCUAUAAAAAUCAUUAAGGUUUUAACUAAUCACGCUCACUUUACUCAUGUUUUCUUGACGACAUCAACGCAUAUAGCCAGCCCUCGUGUAAUUAAGGACAGAAACGCUCCAUGAGGUCAAGCGCAACUUCUUUUUCUGUUCUAUCGUUCCGGCAUACCUGAGCAUGUAUUAGAUGCUUGCAAUCAGUAAACCAAGCAAAUUUUCCUUGAAGCUUUUCUCAUAAUUGUUUUUUUUUCAUAGACUGAACAACGCCCCAUAUGGUAGAUGAAUGAAUCUUUUCUCGCUAAUCGACACAUUAAAACGCUUUCAAUAUGAUUCGCCAAGCCAAAUACACAUGUUUCAAACGGUUGUCUCGCCCACUGAGUUAUAGGGUUUUAUGUAUAUGAGUAGUUCUUGUACCUUUUAUAGCUAAAUUAAUUUUACUCGUUAGUUAUAUUAGGUUAUUGUUUAUGGAUAGAAAACUGUAUGGUUGCUUAACAAUGUAUGGACCUCUAAAUCUCGAGUUUUACAUCCGGCACUACCAUUAAGCAUUCCAUCAGACGGCCGAUUCCUAGCACGAAACAAAGUGUCUAUGCCCAGAUUCGAACCCGGAUAGGUGCGUCUGUCGAAGAUACACGCAAACACAUUAUUCACUAAGUUAUCAUGAAGUCAUAAUAUGGGUGUUUCGGCCUAGCUUGCUGUUCUGUUCGAGAUACAUUUUAUCUGCGGAUGUCAGAAAAAUAUAUUUAUUAUAUAAAUAUCACUCAUAUAAACUCAACGCGAAAAUCAACGUGCCAUGUAUGUUGUUACGGAUAGUAGAUGGAGUUUUUUUUAUUAACUAACCUGAAUGAAAGGAGCUUACAGCUGAAAAAAUGUCCGCUAGUUCAAACCGAUGCGUCGUCAAAGACCUCAAUAAAUUGUAGGUAGCGCGAGGUAAUAAACGCUGUCAAUUUGACUCAUUUUUGUCAUGAAAGAGACCGAUUCUGUAGUGACGAGAUUAUGUGCCGUAUUGCUAGAUGCGAUUACGGUUAGCCAUUUAUGGUCAAUUUUUUUUUCAAAAUUGAUAUUUUAUUCGCCGGCGAUUGUAUGAACCUAUACGGCGUUUCCUAUUCGGGGCCUGAUUCGGCGUAGGUCAUUGCCGCAUAUCUGUCGCUCAUCGAAAUUAUAUACUGAUUUUAGUCGCCUGUUUGCUAUUGGCAGCGCUAUUCAGUUGUUUUUCCUUUGUCAGGAAAUGUUUCCGUUUUGCGAGUUACUUUAAAUCGCUGCUACGCAGUUAGCCAAAGAUUCUUCUUCACCUUUCUGAGUGUUGUUGGAUACUUUCUCACCAUCGCCCCGCGACGAUCAGCUUAUGGUGCGCUCGGUGAUGCGCAGAGAUCUUUACACGAUCCGCGACAACAAUUACUGGCAGAAGUAUAUAGCUAACUUUAGGCUCUAUCGCGGAAGCUUAUAGCGCUUCAGGGCAUUUGAUAGGUAGGUCUACCGUGCAUUGUACACAAUACUGACACAGAUAGGUGAAGGAGUACGAAGUAAUGAGAACUCGCGU